UUUAUUUUUAAUAGCGGUAUCACUAAAUGAGUGAAAGAACUCAACAAAUCAUUCGAAUGAACGAAUUUUCGGCUGGAGGGGCGAAACCGGUCGUCCACCUCGUCUCGUUCACAUUCGAAUCAAUCUCGCUCGCUCGCUCGCGGGGAGCGCCGUGACUUUUUUAUAGUCGCCGCAAACUCAUCGACCGUUCCGAUCGAGUCGCGGCAGUCGCGUUCCGAAACAAAGGAUUCCCUUCAAAAACAUGUAAAUUGUGACACAAAGCACGCAUAUAAUACAGUCUAGUGUCCCAACAGUCCUUAACAAGGAAUUUUGGGGCUGUAAAUCGUCUUCCCAUCGUCGGAACGGGGCGCACGAUAUCGAUAUCGACCUAGUGCGCUAGUGUUUAUGUUUAGUAAAGUGGGUAUCUUUCGGUGUUUGUUUUGCAAACAGUGAGAUAAAAGCAUCACCAGUUAGUUGUUCGGUUAUGUAGUGUUGUUGUGCCGAAGAUGUCAGUGAGGAUGUGGGUGUUGUUGGCGUUGGUGGCGCUGGCGGGUGCCGAGAAGCCCGCCGGGGAGUCUUUUCUGAGCGACAUCAGCCGCACGCUGCGCUCGGAGAUGGACAACGUGCUGAAACAGGCGGAUGUCGUGUACUCCCGGCCUGACAUCAACACGACGUACGUGGCCAGCGUGGAGUUCGACAUGAGAGCCAUGGGGCCGCUGUACAACCACACGGGGCUCGUCAUCGACGUCAUUGCCAACAAACAGGCCUACCCUGAAGGAAUCGUGUCAGUGUCAGAUGGGCACCUCGACAUUGCGAGCCCCCAGGAGAACUGGCGCGUGCUACUCGCACAUUACGCGGGGCCUACAGCGUUCGUUGUUGUCGCUGUUCUACUGGCCGCCGCGCUGCCGCUUGCCGGACUGUUCUGGUGCUGUUGCUAUUGGUGCCGCUCGGGGCGACGGAGGCGAACAUUUGACCGCAAAUACGACGCGUGUCUCAAGGGCCUGCUUGCGAUAGUGCUCAUCGGGUUGCUAACACUUUUCUUGUUCGGAGUAGUCUGCGCGUUCGCAACUGACGAACAGCUCGAUCGAAGCGCGAGCGAAGCACCCAACGCCGUCCGGUCCGGCAUCAAGGACACGAAGGCUUACCUCAACGCCACUCAAGCCCACGUUCGGUGGUUGCUCGUCAACAACUAUGCCGAACUCGAGCGGACACUUGACAACCUCCUUACAAAUAGCGGCACGACGGUAUCAAGAAAACUAGGGGAGUUCUCACACGCGGUUUCCGUGACUACGCUAUACAAUAUGGUUCAGCAACUGGACACAGUGCAGGCAGAUCUGAAGAGCGUCCACAACAUCACAUCUAUGCUUCGGAACAAUGCUGAACUGCUCAACUCUGGUCUACGCAAAGUGAAAGCUCAACUGCUCCAGACCCUGGCCAAGUGCGAACAGCCGCAGUGCAUCCGUCUGCAGGAGAAAUACAAGAUUGGACAACUCGACACCGAGAUACAUUAUAGCCAGAUGCCGGACGUCUCCGAGUUGUUGAACAACGUGACGGAGCUUCUGGACAGCCAUAUUAAGGCAGACGUUGAGGAAGGACAGCAGGUGUUCGCCAACAUUCAGGUCGGAAUCCAGCGCUCCGUCGACGACCACAUCCCUAAUGUGAAAGAAGCCCUCGCUGAGACCGGGCGCAAGCUCAAAAGCAUGGCGGACCGCGUAACAGCCCUCUCCAACAACGCAUCCGCAAAAAUACAAGAGCACAGCGCAGGCGUCGCGGAUCACGUGCAAGAAUACUACGACGCGUUCGGCCCUUACCGCCGCCACGCGGGGCGGGCUGCUGCCGCUUCUCUAUUGCUGAUCACGUGCCUGGUGGCUUGGGGGCUGGUGUGCGGCGUGUGCGGCAAGCGGCCCGACGUGUACGGCGCCAGCGACUGCUGCAACAAGGGCGCCGGCUCGCGCUGUCUGCUGUGUGGCAUGGGCGUGAUGUUCAUAGUGGGCGGGGUGGUGUCCGUCGUGAUGGCGAUUUACUUCGUAGUUGGCGUCAGCUCGCAGCGUUUCCUCUGCGAUCCACUCACACAACCUCAAGGCAACCGCUUGUUUGAAGAGCUGGACCGUUUCGUGGAUCUGGAAAACUUCAUGUUUAAUGAACGCCGUGAUCCGGAUUUCAACCUGUCGCGGGUUCUAACCUACUGUCAUAGGAACCAGAGUCUUAUGCAAACACUCCAGCUGUACCGCCUCAUCGACCUGGAGUCCCUGAAAGCGCAAGCGUCCCGCGCGGUGGAGCGCAAGGCGGCCGCGCUGCGCCCCACGUUCCCCGGACACGACCGCCCCGUCACCAUCCUCAAGCCGCAAGCCAAGCUCAAGCUGACACGCCUGGCCGAAUCGGGGUUGUCGGACUUCGACUUUGACCGCAUCCUUCAUGCUCUGGAAACCAACAUGACGAACCUAUCUCUGGACACAUUGGCGACACAACUCGACGCAACAGCCAGCUCUCUCGUCGACCGUUCUGGCUUCGUGCGAGUUUCAAUCGAGUUACGAGACGCGGCGGUGAUGUUGACGGCGUAUCAUACUAACAUCGUCACACCCAUGCUCGAACACACGAGGCAGCUGAACGUGACGGCAAUGAGGCUGCGUGACGGGCUGCGUUUUAACCACUCCUCACUGAAGGAAGCCAUCGGGUACCUCAUACACGAGACUACACAAGCAGAGACCUUCCUAAACCGACAGGGGCUGGAUGUCAUACAAACUCUAAUCCAAGACUUCGCGAAGGUGGUAGCUCAAAGACUGAACGAGUACCUAGACAUGGUGAUAUACGCGGCCGAGCACGAGGUGGGAUACUGCGCGCCCAUGUCCAACGCCUUCAACGCUACAAGAGACGCGGCUUGCAAGAAAAUACUCAUGCCGGUGAACGGGUACUGGAUGGCGCUGGCGUGGUGCGUGCUGCUGUUCGUGCCGCUGAUGGUGGUGGCGCAGCGCCUCGCGCGCCUCUACCGGCACGUCGACCCCUACCCCGGACCCCUCGUCGAGGCCGAGUAUUUGUAUGACGCGUUCGCGGACCGCGAUAACGUACCCCUUGCCAACGCCUACAAGGCAGAGAAGCGUGCGGGGCGAGACGCGCGGCGCGGGGCCGCCGGCGGGGGCGGGGGGUCGGGUGCGCGGGACGAGGCGCGCGGCGCCGCGCUGGCGGCGCCCCUCGACGCACACCACGCGCGCAGAUAUAAUGAUAUGGCGCCAAAGCACUGGGAAGAAGGCCCACCCCGCUACCACGGACCCACUGAGUACGAGCGGCCCCCUCCCUACUACUAUCCCGGACCAACUGAUAGACAGUAAACUGGCCCUCACGGAACUAGACGACGAGCUGCUGAAGUACUGAGACCGCUCCGCGCGGACCUGAACAGAAAGGUCAUAACUACCACAAUUAUUAUAUAGAGAUUUGAACUCUAUGCGGUUCGCGCAAGACUCAAUUUAAAACGAAAAUUGUUAAAGAGCCGUUGAGGUUCUUGAGACUAUACGUAAAGAGUAUUUUUCCAAUAUAGCCAAGCCUAGAUUAUAUCGAUAUUAUUACCUUUGACAUAUGACAUAUUAAUUAAUUAUACAACGAUGACAUAUUUGAUAAUAAUGAUUAUUCUGAAGGCAAUAGUCGGGCUAAGCUAACUAGAUAGAUAGAUUAAUUUAUUUCUUAAUGGAAAUUACAUGAUAUUUAACAAUAUCACUAUGUUUCUAAAUAACAUGAAUCGUCAAAUUAUAAAAGAUAAUAAUUCAGUAAAAUAAUUAAGUAUUAAGUAAAAAAUAAUAACAAUCAAAACAAAUCGUGACAAAAAAUAAUUAUAGUUCAAAAAUUAAAAAUCAAAUUACAUGGCAUUUGCAAUGACAAAGUGUGAUAAUGUCAUCAACCAUAUCAAAUUUAUAUGGAAAUACGUUUAUAAUGAUACUGCCACACUUUGUUCUGUAUAAGUCGGUGCAGUUAGCUUAGACUGACUCUAACUUCUAUCUUUAUACCCAAUGGUGACAAACAAACCUUCUGCCCAUCUAAUUUGACUAAAAUGCGAAAAAGGUAAUAAUAUAUAUAAUUAUAAUGGCAUUCCAUUUAGGUCUCCCUUAAGGGGAUGUCCCCAUAGUUAGUUGUUGCAAGAUCUUCGUCUUUAGGGUAAAUGUGGUAUUUUUUAUAAAAAGGGUCCUUAUUGUCGAUGGCACUUACGCCAUUAUAAACGAUGCUCCGAUAUAAAUACAAUGCCGCGCGGCGCUGUGCGUCGUAAGCGCCAUCGUCAAUAAGGUAACUUUUCAUAGAAAAUGCCCCAAAUAAUGAAAUCGUAAGUAGUACUGUACCGUUAGUGAUGUUCAUACACAACGGUAAAUGUUUUAGGCUGACAAAGACGGAUCAGUUUGUUGUAUAAGUUAUCAGUCUCACUUUUGUGUCAUAGACGACUUUGCAUCAUAUCAGCCCUUUAUCGCCCACUGCUGAGCAUAGGCCUCUCUUCCAGUACGCCACUUGUCCCGGUCCUGAGCCAAUCUCAUCCAGAAGUGACCCGCAAUCUUCCGGAUGUCGAGCCGAUGGACGCCAGGGGCUUCUUUCAUUCGAAAGCGGCCACCAUUCCGUUAAUAUUUUAGUCCACCUGCCAUCACUCUGCCUAGCAACAUGUCCCGCCCAACUCCAUUUUAGUUUGGUAAUGGCGAAACCACAGACGACUUUUAGCAAUCCUAAUAUGUGACGUUUUCAACCAAAAGAGCCCACAUUGUCGGUGGUCGAUAAAGUUGAUUUCAAACUCAAGCUAUAUGGAAAAUGGAAAUAACGCCUUAUUGGCAACUGACAAUAAGUACCCUUUUGGUUGAAAAUGGCACAUAUUUAAAUAUGAACCGCAGCGCAAUCUAGUUUGACCGUCAACAACAUAGUGGGCAAACAUACCUCUAACUAUGAUUCUUUAAUGUUUAUAAAUCCAUUAGAAAACUAUAACAGUGCCCUCUGGUGAGUUAAAAACUAUUUAAAACUAUCACUGGAAAGCGACAAAUCACAGAAAUCCUGUCUUAGUUCCCAGUACACCAUUUGAAGAACAUGCGUGUCUAAUUAACAUAGACUAGGAUUGAUUUUUUCUAUCAGUAGGUACUAGUAAUAGUAUAUUAAUUAUAUUAUGCAAAAAAUCGGUCCUUCUGUAACCAGCCUAAAGUAGAAAUUAAGCUAUCGUGAGACAUAUUUCAAAAUAUUAGAUCAGUACGGUUUUACAUUAUUAUUUUUAGUCGCUUUUGGCUACAUAUUUCGGAUUCGUCGGGAUUCCUUCCUCAGGCACGAGUGUCCGCGGCGGCUGUACUCCGUGCACUGCAGCCUAAAGUUUUUACUGUUGUGUUACGGACAAGUCUGCCAACUACUAUGCGAUGGUCAGAACUUUAAUUAUAUACAAAAUAGUGUUAACGAGUCGGUCCGUCUAGCCGGUGUCUCACAGUAACUGCCAUAAAUUGACUGUCAUUUAGUAUUUUUUACCGUUUGAGAAGGCUUUAAUUUCUAACGAAAUGCGCAUAACUUGAUACUUAAAAAGGUGCGUCCACACUUCGAUAUUUUAAUUUCGUGUCUCAAACAGCAUUAACCCUAAGGCUUAGAUCGCACUGCGAUUAAGUUCUUGCGGUUUCAGUCUUGCAAGUGCGUGCGCUUAUGAAACAUGCCGUUUAUUUAAUCUUUAUUGCACAAAAGAAAAACUUAUCGUACAAAAGGUGGGCUUAAUGCCAGAAGCAUUCUCUACCAGUCAACCUUAAGGCAAAGCGACAUUGAGACAUUGUAAGCGUUGCUACUGCUACUAAUUAAUAAUGUACGACACAUUUGAUUUUGAACAAUUCUCACAGAUCCUGGUGUUUUUGGGUUUCUUCAACUCAUAAUCACUAGCAUAUUCAAUCCUGAUGAUGAAAAAAAUGUCCACAAAAUUUGUAUGAAAAUUGUAGGUACAUUCCACUAUGUCACGCACAUCCAUUUUCUUGGGGUCUCCAGCUGUUCCGGUGUGACCUCUGUGAACUCUGGAUGCCGAAUGACCCAUAUCUCACUUUUACCCCCCCUUUUAUACCUAUCCAAGGUAACGCAUAUAGCGACGCGUAUUCUAGGUGUUCUUUCAGAACGCCAUAAUUUCGUGAUUAUUAUUAUUUUUUCCAAAAAUGCUUUAUUCAUGCUUUAAAGCUUAUUAAUUGUACUUUUUAAUGAUAUUAAUAUUGAUAGGGGUAUAUACAUUUGAUAAGAGCUGUAUUCGCUUGAAACAAAAAUCGGUGGGUGUGCGAUUUCCGUGACGCCGAGUGUACAAGUAAUUUUUUUUUACACUAAAACGUGACGUAAUGGAAUGGACAUCUUUUUUUAAUGGCAGGAUGGAAAAUGCUGUACAUUCUGAGUAGAAUGAGCCCAAGAAUGUCCAGAAUUGAAAGAGGAUUUCAAUAUUUAUUUUAGAAAACGCCCACCUACGUCUUUGCACCUUGUCAUUUGCCUCGCCACUCGCGCGCAUAUGUAACUCCAGGGUCAAUCUUUCUAUGUGGCUCUUGAAGAAUAUGACAGAUGACAAGCCUUGUAGUGCUGCCAAUACCUUAAGGAAAACAGAUGUAUAUCUUAAAGGCGCACACGGGUGUGGACGUACGUAUAAUAAAUUAAAAAUAAGAUUUAAAAAACACGAGUACAUAAUUAUGACAGGCCGUCCCAUGAAAUAAACAUUUGAAAACAUUAAAAAGGAAGUAAGCACAUUAAAAAAGGUUAAGUUAUGCGCAUUUCGUCUUAGGCAAUCUUGCCGCACAAAUAUUGGGAAUUUUUAGUUAUUCUCGAAUAUGAAUUAAUUAUAAGUAAUCUAAUUUAAUCGCUACAAUGAUUUGUUACGAAAAAGACAAUAUCGCCAAAUUUUGUAUUGUGAACGCACCGCAGCACCGCUUAUGUAACGUAGUUAGUUUUAUUUAGAAAAAUACUGUUUUAAACAGCUUAAGAGCAAAGAAAGCCGAUAAACUUUGGAUAUAAAUUCUAUUCAAAGUAAUCCUUUUUCAAUGCCUGUUUCAUUUUCAUACAAAAGGUUUUCGGUUCGGUAAAGACGCAUUUUGAAAUCGUCUUUAUCGACAGUAAAGUCCCUUUUGCCUGUGAACGUGACUUAAAUAUCAAAAUAAGUGGUGUCUCGGUGCUAGACUUCUAUUUAACCACGCAAAGUCAUAUAGCUUACUUGAUGCAUUAGUACGCAUUAUCUCAAAUGACCUUUCGCCCAAACCCUAAGCUGUUAAACAAAAGGCAUUGUUUCUUUUGUGCGCCGCGGUGGCUACCUCAUUUCUCAUCAGUGAAAAGGAUCAUGCCCGUUUAAAAGGCAAUUUUAGCGUUCUACUUUUAUGGUUCAAAUUCAGAUAACAGUAUUCAUGUUAAACGUUUGAAUAAUGUAGGACAACAGGUAAGAAUAUUCGGGGAUAGUAAAAAGCUGUUACAUAAAUUUGAGCCCUAUGUGUAGCACGCUAAAAUUGCCUUUAAAACGGGCGUGAUCCUUUUCACCAAAGAUAGAUAUAACUCCGUAAUAGAUGGAUACAGUCUAAGGAAAAAACGUGCCUCGAAAAUCAAGAAAAUUUGAUUUUCGUUCAGAGGGCGCUACUAGCUUUGGCCUACUUCUGUAUAGAUGGCGUUGACGGUUUCGUUUGUUAUUUAACAAUUUUAACGCAUAUCAGUGAAAGAACAUGGGUCAAAAUCAUAAAAAUAAUUAAUGCAAAUAAAAAAAAUCAUUUAUCCAUAUUAAAAUACAUUUUAACGUAUUUUUAUAAAUCUUCAUUUUUACUUUUAAAGUGUGUCGACAGAUGGCAGUGAAUUUUCUUGGGUUACAAAAUUUACUAUGACAGUACCGCUCUAGUAUAAGUUACUCUAUGUUUUCACUAAUGAGAAAUGAGGUAGCCAACGCGGCGCACAACAGAAACAAUGCCUUUUUAAAAUAAAUAAAAACCGACAAAAUUCGAUCAAAAUUGACACUUGGCGCGUAUGUUCUUUCCCGUUCUUUCUUGCGAAAUGUGACAAAGACAGCGGCAAACCGAUGGAACGGCCUUAACGGCGUAGGGUUUGGGCGAAAAAGUCAUUUGAGAUAAUUCAUACUAUACAAAGAUUGUGAUUUGUGCGUGUCGAAUAGUGGUCAGAUAAGAGAUUCGAUGCAUUUAUUAAUAAGGUUAGUAUAUUCGGCCGUCGGUCGCUACUCAUUUAUUAUUAUUGUAAGCUAGCGGCCCGCGGCUGGCGAAUCAUAGACAAUUUACGAAACUACAUAUUAGUCACAUCACGAAUUUUGAUCUAUGGUCGUCAGUACGUCUGAUCAUCGCUCGAUGACUUAUACAAUUAAAUAUAAAUUUAGGUUAUAAUGUCUUUCCUGUGUCCGUAAUGGUAUGAAUUUUGGCACUAGGAAAUAUUAAUUUUAACCAAAAAAGUGACUAAAGCAAGGACUACGCACGAACAAUUUCAUACAUAGACCCGCCAACUCCUAUCUCUAUCGUACGGACGUAAUUUUAUUGCUGACACAUAUGAAAUGACAGGCCUACGUUCGAAAUUAUUCCCGCUUAGCGUCCUUACUA